UGUAUCGGAGGAAUCAACAGCCGCCAUCUUGACGCGGCUCAGAAUCGGGAUUUCGGGGGGAGCAUUAAUUUAAAAAACCGAUCGGAGCUGCCCAGACCGAGCUCAAACGGCUUUUUUCGUGUAGAAAAUCGACGCGUUAGUCUUCCGAUGAGGAUUAAUGCAAACAUGUGAGGGUUACGUGGGUUUUUAUCGUGUCGAAAGCCCACUGUAUAUUUGAUUUCCCUUUUAGAGAGCGCCGCUUCUCGCCGUAUCUCCGUCCCGAGACGCUGUAUUUUCCGGGAGACAGCGGCGAGAAAAAUAAUCCACCUCAUAGAAAAUAUUUUUUGAAUUUUGCUCUUUUUAUUUAAGCCUAAAAUAGAUUUUAGUGUCGCUCAUUGCGCCUGCGAAAAAAAUGAUUCUGUACAGACGUGAAACCGGCGAUCUACGGAGAAAGGGAUUGACGUACGAUUUGUGUAAUAUUUUAUGAUUGAUUUUUAUUUAUUUUUCUCGGACAGAAAUAAUUUGUGGACGUAAUUAUUGAGGAUAAUUAUGUGGGUGUUGGGUGUUGGAUUAUCAUGGGGUGAUCUUCGACGGCGAAGCGUGGCGCUGUUGCCUUUCUUUUGAAGCCUUUUUCUUCAGGCAGCGUUUCGCCAGCCUUUCACUUAAGGGGAAAAAAAACACAGUUAAAUUGCUUUUUACGCGUAACGUUAGAAAAAGUUACCCUCGUAUUACUAGCUAGAGGCCAACGAGCCGGACUGAUCCUGCUGUAAAUUUCCUACGAUAUCCAUUCAUUGCAUUCGCCGACCAGGAUGGCUGACAAUCUGUUGGAUGUCGGACCCCCCACUGCAAAGCGACCCAAGCUCAAUUCACCCCUCUCCGGAUCAGACGGCCCAGACCUAGUGUCUCUAUUUGACCUGGAAAAUGACCUUCCAGAUGAGCUCAUUCCCAAUGGAGACUUGGGAAUGGGGAUGUCCUCCAAUGGUGGCCCAGGUGGUCCCGGUCUCAACUCCAUCGUUCCUGAUGCAGCUGCCAAACACAAGCAGCUGUCCGAGCUCCUGCGACCAGGAAGUUCCUCUAUCUUGGGAGGAGGCCACAACUCUGCCAGCCCCCAACAGGGAGGUAUGGUGGGAAGCCAGCUAGGCGCUGUGCUUGGUAAGGGUCCGCUGGGGCAGGGCUCGCCGAGUCACCAGUCUCCUCAGGCCCAGAAAGCAGGAGUUACCGCUGGACAAGGCAACGGAAAUGCAGGCAUGGCCUUCAACCAGGCUAUGUUGAACAGUGGGCAAGGUCAUGGGGUCAUGAGCCAGCCAGGACAAGUGAUGAAUGGAGCUCUGGGACCAGCGGGACGCGGCCGACCCGGGCCUGGCAUGCAGUACCAAGGCAUGCAGGGCACACAAGUGGGCGCUGGACCUGGCGUUGGUGGCAGUGUGUUGGCGGAGACUCUGACCCAAGGGGGAUCGCAGAUGGGUGCCCACAACACAAUGAACGCUCAGCAAGCUGGAGGUCUGAACAAGAUGGGGAUGUCAGGAGCUCAGUUUGGCCAGCAGUAUGGUCAGGCCGGGGUGCAGCAGAUGGGGCCAGCAGGGGUCAAUGCCCAACAAGUCCAGAACAAGACAGUACUUGCAAACAACCUUCCCCAAUUCCCUGCAGAACUCAAGGGACCUGGGAGUGUGCCAAACAUGUCCCAGAUGCAGCAUCAAGUAGCAUCGGUGGGCAUGGUUGCUGGGGCUGGUGGCAUUUCAGCGGGACCGACGGCCGACCCGGAGAAGCGCAAACUCAUUCAGCAGCAGCUGGUCCUGCUGCUCCACGCGCACAAGUGCCAGCGGCGGGAGCAGGCGAACGGGGAGAUAAGGGCCUGCACUCUGCCCCACUGCCGCACCAUGAAGAACGUACUCAACCACAUGACCCACUGCCAGGCUGGCAAGUCCUGCCAGGUGGCUCACUGUGCAUCAUCCAGACAGAUCAUCUCCCACUGGAAGAACUGUACACGGCACGACUGUCCAGUCUGCCUGCCUCUGAAGAACGCUAGUGACAAAAGGAGCCAGCAACCUAUGCUUAGUUCUCCCGGGGCUGGCCUGCAAAACACCAUCAACACAGUUGGUCCAGGUCAGUCCAGCUCCACGGCCAUCAAUAGUGCUGCCACGCACAUUGACCCCAGCUCCAUGCAGAGAGCCUACGCUGCCCUGGGCCUGCCAUAUGGGAACCAGUCUCCUGCUCAGGUCCAGGGCCAGGGUCCAGGUCAGCAGAACCCGCAAGGCUCACAGCAUCAGCAGCUGCGAAACAUGAACUCAUUAGGCACUAAUCAGAUGAGCCAGAUGGCGGGAGGCAUGGGUGUUCCGACUUCAGACCAGACUGGAAUGCACUCGGAUUCGUCUCUACCCUCCACACUCAACAAUCAACUGAUGCCUGAUGGGUCAGGAGCAGGAGGCAUGGCAAACAUGCCGACUGCCACCCCUCUUUCUUCUACGGGGGUAAGGAAGGCCUGGCACGAACAUGUCACUCAGGACCUGCGCACUCACCUGGUGCACAAACUAGUACAAGCCAUAUUCCCCACCCCUGACCCCGCAGCACUGAAGGACAGGCGAAUGGAGAACCUGGUGGCGUAUGCGCGCAAGGUUGAGGGUGACAUGUAUGAGUCAGCAAAUAGCAGGGAUGAGUAUUACCAUUUUCUGGCAGAAAAAAUCUAUAAGAUCCAGAAGGAACUGGAGGAGAAGCGGCGAUCACGACUCCAGAAACAGCCUAGCAUGGUGGGCACAGCUGGGCUGCAGCAGCCUGGCAUGACUCAGCCCAAUGCCAUGGGCCCAGGACAGGCUGUCCGACCUCCCAAUGGACCUGUGCCUAUGCCAAAUCAGUUAAUGACCCGAAUGCAGGUUCCCCAAGGUGUUCCCACAGGAAUGAAUCAGUUUAAUCCAAUGGCAAUGCAGAAUGCGCAGAUGUCUCAGGCACCCAUGGGAGCACGUACACCCUCCCCCAUGAACCAUCAACAGCAGAUGAAUAUGAGCUCCGUCCCAACGAUGGGCAUGUCUCCAUCAAGGUUGCCUCAGACUCCAGGCAUGAUGGGUGGUCAUGCCAAUAACAUGGUAGCUCAGACGCCCAACCAGGGUCAGUACCUGCCACAGGGUCAGUUCCCUGUAGCCGCAGGUGGUGCAAUGAAUGUGAAUGUAGGACAGCUAACACCAACAGCUGUCACACAGCAGCCGCAGAACUCUAACCUUCCUUUGAAUGCGAUGGGCUCCCUUGGCUCCCAGCUGCCCUGUGGUCCUUCAGCCCAACCCACGCUGGGCACUACCCCUCCACCCAAUGCCUCUGCCAGCCUGCAGCCUCAACAACAACAACAACAACAACAGCAGCAGCAGCUGCAGCAGCACCAUGCUCCUACGCAAGCCCAGGUGCCCACUCAGCCCUCUACCCCCGCCUCAACGGGUGGGCCCUCUUCCACCCCAACUCACAUACUCAGUGGCUUCCCCGGCCCCCCCUCUGCGACACCACCUGAUCCCCAGCCACUCACACCCCAGCAGCCCCAACCUGAACCCUCGAGCCAAAUGCAACAGCCCACCUCAGUGCAGGCACAACAUCCUAGCACACCGAUGUCCCAGGCUGCAGCAAGUAUAGACAACAGAGUCCCCACACCAGGCUCUGUGGCUGAGAUGAGCUCUCAGCAGACUCUGCCUGACAUGAGCAGCACUGAAGUCAAAACUGAAGUAAAGGAUGAAGAUGAUGACAGCAACUCUGGGAAGAAGCAACCUAUCAAAAUGGAGCAGGAGGAUGAAACCAAACCUCUGCUGGUGAAGAAGGAGGAGCCAGAUGUAGCAGAGCCAAAGCAGGAAUCAAUGGAAACUGAGGAGAAGAAGCCGGAGAUGAAGGCAGAAGCCAAAGAAGGGGAGGAAAGUGGGGCCAACGGCACAUCAGCAUCCUCCAAUCAGAAUCGCAAAAAAAUCUUUAAACCAGAGGAGCUGAGACAAGCUCUAAUGCCUACCCUUGAGGCUCUUUAUAGACAAGACCCAGAGUCGCUGCCCUUCAGGCAACCAGUUGACCCCAUGCUCCUUGGCAUUCCCGACUACUUUGACAUAGUAAAGAAUCCCAUCGACCUAUCCACCAUCAAGCGCAAGCUGGAUACGGGUCAGUACCAGGAGCCUUGGCAGUAUGUGGAUGAUGUGUGGCUCAUGUUCAACAACGCCUGGCUGUACAACCGUAAAACGUCUCGGGUCUACAAGUACUGCACCAAACUGGCAGAAGUGUUUGAGGCGGAGAUAGAUCCCGUCAUGCAGGGUCUGGGUUACUGCUGCGGAAGGAAGUAUGAGUUCUCACCCCAGACACUGUGCUGCUAUGGCAAACAGUUGUGCACCAUCUCCAGGGAUGGCACCUACUACAGUUAUCAGAACAGUUCACCCAAAUAUGGCCUUAUUGCCGACAGGUAUCACUUCUGUGAGAAGUGCUUCAACGAGAUCCAGGGCAACAGUGUGACCCUGGGAGAUGACCCGGCACAGCCCCAGACUAUGAUAUCAAAAGAGCAGUUUGAAAAGAAGAAGAAUGACUCUUUGGACCCUGAACCGUUUGUUGAAUGUAAAGACUGUGGGCGGAAGAUGCAUCAAAUCUGUGUGCUGCACUAUGAUACCAUUUGGCCAUCAGGCUUUGUCUGUGACAACUGUCUGAAGAAAUCGAGCAAAACAAGAAAGGAAAACAAAUUUUCAGCCAAACGGUUGCAGUCGACAAGGUUGGGGACGUACAUUGAAGACAGAGUCAAUAAGUACUUGAAAAGACAGAAUCAUCCAGAGGCUGGGGAGGUGUUUGUGCGAGUAGUAGCCAGCUCUGACAAAAUGGUGGAGGUUAAGCCUGGAAUGAAGUCUAGGUUUGUGGACGCGGGUGAGAUGGUUGAGAGCUUCCCUUACAGAACCAAAGCACUUUUUGCAUUUGAGGAAAUAGAUGGGGCAGAUGUUUGUUUUUUCGGCAUGCAUGUCCAGGAGUACGGCUCAGAGUGCCCCUUUCCAAAUACAAGGCGAGUUUACAUAUCAUACCUCGAUAGUAUUCACUUCUUUAAACCACGUAUGCUAAGGACUGCAGUGUACCACGAGAUCCUAAUAGGUUACCUUGAGUAUGUGAAGAAACUUGGGUAUGUGAUGGGACACAUCUGGGCCUGCCCACCCAGUGAAGGAGACGACUACAUUUUCCACUGCCACCCUCCUGACCAGAAGAUUCCCAAACCCAAGAGACUCCAAGAGUGGUACAGGAAGAUGCUGGACAAGGCUUUCGCCGAGAGGAUCAUACACGACUACAAGGAUAUUUUCAAGCAGGCAACAGAGGAUCGGCUGACCAGUGCGUACGAGCUGCCGUACUUUGAGGGAGACUUUUGGCCCAAUGUACUGGAGGAGAGUAUCAAGGAACUUGAGCAGGAAGAGGAGGAGAGAAAGAAGGAGGAGAACACGGCGUCAUCUGAGACACCCGAGGGUGCUCACGCUGACAGCAAGAAUGCCAAAAAGAAGAACAACAAGAAAACCAACAAAAACAAGAGCAGCAUCAGCCGAGCCAAUAAGAAAAAGCCUGGCAUGCCGAAUGUAGCCAACGAUCUGUCCCAGAAGCUUUACGCCACAAUGGAGAAACAUAAGGAGGUAUUUUUUGUCAUCCACCUCCACGCUGGGCCAGUCAUUAACACGCUGCCACCCAUCAUGGACCCGGACCCUCUGUUGACCUGUGACCUCAUGGAUGGCCGGGAUGCCUUUCUGACUCUGGCCAGGGACAAGCAUUGGGAGUUCAGCUCCUUGAGAAGAUGCAAAUGGAGCACAAUGUGCAUGUUGGUGGAACUGCACAACCAGGGCCAGGACCGCUUCGUGUACACUUGCAACGAGUGCAAGCACCACGUGGAGACGCGCUGGCAUUGUACUGUCUGCGAGGACUAUGACCUAUGCAUUAACUGCUACAACACUAAGGGCCAUGAGCAUCAAAUGGUGAAAUGGGGUCUGGGUCUUGAUGACGACAGCAAUAGCCAGGGUGGAGAGGCCUCAAAGAGCCCACAGGAGAGCCGACGUCUCAGCAUUCAGCGCUGCAUCCAGUCCCUGGUCCAUGCCUGCCAGUGCCGCAAUGCCAACUGCUCUCUGCCUUCAUGCCAGAAGAUGAAGAGAGUAGUCCAGCACACCAAGGGCUGCAAGCGCAAGACCAAUGGUGGCUGCCCUGUGUGCAAGCAGCUCAUUGCUUUAUGUUGUUAUCACGCUAAGCACUGUCAGGAGAACAAGUGUCCUGUUCCCUUCUGUCUCAACAUUAAGCACAAACUCCGUCAGCAGCAGCUGCAGCACAGGCUCCAGCAGGCUCAAAUGAUGCGUCGCAGAAUGGCCACUAUGGCUGGAACGGCUGGGAUGCCCCUGCCGUCUCCUCCUACCUCAGCAGCUCCUGACACCCCCAACUCUCUGCAGCAGCCUAAUACACCCCAAACCCCCCAACCUAUGCCCAACCAGCCCCCACAACAGCAGCAACCCAACCCCACAAAUAUUCCACAAGGCUUCCCCAACAAUGGCCGAGGUAGCCAGCCCCCAACACCAGUCCCGCCAGUUACCCCGGGCAAACCAGGGCCCCAGUCAUCCCCACAGCAGUCGCCUCUAUCUAACAUGCAACACCAGCAGCAGCCUCAACCACAACAGCAACCACUGCUUGCAGCUCUAAAAGUGGCUAAGCAGAUUGAGAUGGCGGCCAAGGCAAAGCAGCAGCAGAAUUAUGCCAUGAAUGGGAUGCCCAUGAACCACCCACGAAUGAUUGGACCCACACAGGGCCAGAUGCACAUGAUUCAGGGGUCGAGAGGCCCACAGGUGAUGCAGGCUAUGCAGCAGGGCCAGUGGGGUCCAGGAAUGCAGAAUCCCAUGCAGAGUCCUCAAGGUCAUCAGCAGCAGGUCCCUCCACAACAAGGCCCCAUGGUCCCCCAGCAAGUUCAGGGAACCCCCAUGCCUCCACAGGCCCAGCUAAUGCAGAGGCCUAUGAUGACCCAGCAACCAGGUCUUCAAAUGCCUAGCGUCAUGGCUCCCCAGGGGCCCUCACAGCAGGGCAUGACACCACAGCAGCAAGGCAUGCCACGAGGAAUGCCUGGAAACAUAGCUCAGAGUGCCCUGCAGGACUUAUUGCGUACACUAAAAUCUCCCAGCUCCCCCCAGCAACAGCAGCAGGUUCUCAACAUCCUUAAGUCUAAUCCCCAUCUCAUGGCUGCUUUCAUUAAACAAAGGACAGCAAAGUAUCAGGCUAACCAGCCUCAGCAGCAGCAGGCACAGCAGCAGAACCCUCAGGCCAUGCUGGGGUCCCAAGCAGGAAUGCAGGCAAUGGCAGCAAUGGCGAACCAGGUGCCAAGACCAGGGAUGGCACCUCAGCAGCAGCCUCCUCAGCAGGCAGUGCCCCAGGGGAUGGCACCUAUGGGCCCUCAAGGCCAAAUGAUGAAUGCUGCUCAAAACGGCAAUCCUCAGCUGUACCGCAGGCAGCAGAUCCUCAGGAUGCAGCAGAUGCAGCAACAGCAGCAACAGCAGCAAGGAGGCAUCCCUCAAGGGCACGGCCAGUUCCCACAGCAGCUGCCAGGCCCGGCAAGCUACUCGCAGCUUCGCAUGCAGCAGCAAAUGGCUGUGCAAGGAGGUAGUGUGCCCAUGGGCCAGCUUCCCCCCACAUCUCAAAUGGGACAACCCGGCAUGGGCAUGGAGGUUCCUCAGAACAUGGUCCCGCAGCGCUUGCUUCAGCAGCAGCAGAUGUUAAAGCAGCAGAUGGGCUCUCCGGCACAGGCGAACUCGAUGAGUCCGCAGCCUCACAUGCUCCAAGGUCAAGGCCAAGGAGGACCUCAUUUACCUGGUCAGACAAUGGCAAAUGCUUUAGGAAACCAAGUACGCUCCCCAGCCCCUGUGCAGUCACCCCGUCCACCUUCGCAGCAGCCCCCGCAUUCCAGUCCCUCCCCACGCAUACAGCCCCAGCCUUCACCCCAGCAUGGUGCCCUCCACUCCAACUCCCCUCACCCGAGCCUUGGAGGCCCCAUGGAGCAGGGACACAUAGGAACGCCAGAACAGAGCGCCAUGCUCCCGCAACUUAACACUCCCAACCGAGGGGCGUUGGGUAAUGACAUGGGGAUGGUGGGUGACCUGACGGGAGACACGCUGGAGAAAUUUGUUGAAGGAUUGUAGCAUUGUGAAACAGAAGACAAGGCCUUGUUCUGUUUUCAGCUGAGCAGUAUUUGUACUUGCUGAUGUAAAAAGCGAAGAGAAAUUCAAACAAGUUUCGUGAGGCCUACAGACUGUGAACUUUCCUUAAACCGGAUUUUUCUUCCAACAUAGAGUGGUUUAAUAAUUGCUGGUAAAAAGAGGACAACAAAGACACAAAGAAUAUAUUUUUGUUCAGACCAGUCAUGCAAGAAUCUGCUCUGGUCUUGUUGUGUUGUUUUACUUUUUUUUCAUUUGUUAUGCUCUGGUUUUGACUUUUUUAACAAAAUGUCUCAAAACGAAAAAUAUUUCAUUUUAUUAUUCUUUUUUAUUUUGUACCUUUGAAAAGUAAUAUUGUAUUUGUGUUUAAGACUGUAAAGUUAUUUGUCUGGGUAUUUUUGCAAGGUUUCACCUCUUGCUCACUUUCUCUGUUCCUGGCUAAUUUAUUCUAAUAUGCCAUUUUUCAAAAGGACUGCCUUUGGGAAAGCCUUAAUUUCUUUCCUGUUUGCAGAGUCUAUGGGAGAUUAACAUAUUUGUAUAGACCUAGAAACUAUUGCACACAUCCACACACAACGUGCAGGUGUAAGAUGAACCUGCAUAGAAGCUUGUUAACGUUCACAGGUGCCAGAAUGUUCCUUUUUACUGGCCUGGCUCCAGUAUUUGUCUCGCAGAUGUUUAAAUAAUUGCUUUGUCUCUCCUCCAGUCUAAAGAAAUUCUCGUUAAGGCCUGAACCUCUUUUGCCUGUGGUGGGAAGUUAACUUGUUUGACUGCUGAUUUGUGUUCAGAGAGAGUUUUGUGCAUCAUUUUCUCUCUUGCAUUAAACUUGAAUUGAUGAACUGUUCUCUAAUGUAAAUCUAGCAGCUAGACAGUACUGUAAAUAUGCAGAAAAUAAUGAAAUCACUGUACAAACUGGUUCAAAUGGCUCAUUUCGUACUUAUAUACCAUAUUGUUAAAUAAAUCUGUCUGCCACAGAA